CCAUUGGCACGAGUUCCGAGCUCUGCCCCUUUGGCGUGGACGUGUUGCUGGCUGCUGUGGUGGGUGUUGGUGGUGCCGUCUGCUUGCGAUGGAGCAAUGGGUGCUGAACAUGGCGAUCUCCAGGGCGAACAUGGAAAUGUUAGGAAUCUGCAUGAGCCUCGUCGAUCGCCGAUGUGCUGCACCCCACAAAUCGAAAGGUCUGACAGCCCGGCCUGAUUGGCUCAUGCGCCCUCCGUCUCUUGUCUCGCGAGAGUUGGGACGAGCCGCAGCGAACCGAUGCUCCGCGUGACGACUUCAUUGUAUGUAGGCGUCAACUUUCGUACGUAAGUAUGCGCAUAUACAGCAGGUAUAUAGCAUGUCUCGUGUGUAUCGCUGCGCCGCUCUCCAUUUCCCAGUUUUGCUUGCCAUUUGCAUUCUUCUGGUCAAUCAAUUCUAGUCCAGCCUGGCCGAGCCGCCGUUAAGCCGCUCCCGUGCGAUGGAGUAACCGGAAAUCGACAUUUGACCAUCAACAAAGUCCACUCUGGUGCUCUGGCUGUCAAUGUCCAACACCCAGUAUUAUGAGCACCAUACGGGUAUAGGAAGAGAGACAAGACACAUGAUGCUAUGGUUGAAGACGAUGGGAAGAAGGUAGUGGCACAAGUACUUUUGACGUUCCUUGUUUUCCGACACACUCGCGGGAGGUGAGAACCGUGUUGAACGACUAUUGUUAUCCAAUCUCCGGACACGACAAUAUGGUUUGAUGCUAUGUCUAUGGAUAUGAUACCUAGGUAUGUAUCCUUCUCGGGGCCAAGCAGGGCCUUGGAGAAGGUGUCGCCGACAAUUGUAGGCAGGCCCAAGUCAUCGCGACCGGUCCCGACCUGUAAGUAGUGUCCGCACUCGAACAUCAUGGCGUGCUUGCAUUGCGACUUUCUUCUUUUUUUUUCUCUCCACCUCGCCGCACUGCAGGUCAGCAUACUAACAAUGCUCCAGUAUUCCCCUGCUAUAAUACCGCACACUACUAUAAACUUAUUCCAUGACAAAGUUACGCUCAAAACAAUUAAUUCCUCGCACUGCCGUUGACAAUGGUGUGGCACAGGCACUCAGCCUAUGAAUGUAGGGUGGUGCUACACGGUACUCACAUCUUCCUCGUGGCUAGUGUCGCACACCCGCCCUCACCCGCCUGUGCCUUAUCGUGCACCACCGUACAAGGCCCGCUGUCUUGUAUUGACUCCUCGCCGUGGCAUCCAGGCAUCCUCCUAGUCGCUGGCGGAUGAUGACGAGCGGGUCUUCAGUGGCUGCUCUCAGUCGACUAUCGCUGACUAGUGCCAGGAAUGAGUACCCCAAUGUCCUCUGUCCAGUUCCGAGUUUUCCUGCGCAUGUGUUUUUCGCCGUCCUUAUAUUGACCAAGCAAUGCACCCAAGGAAAUCUUCUUGAAUCUAAGCGUCUUCGAAGCUUUGCUUGGUACCGAGACAUCUACACCCGUUCAAAAUCUUUUUUUUUGUUCGCGGAUUGGCUUUCCCUUACUCGUACAUAGCCCUCAAGAUUCAAUUCAACCAACAACUCUAUAAACGCAUCACUCCCCAGUCAAAUCUUCCUACACAAACCUAUCCCCCAACCUUCUGCCGCUGUUCAAAAAAAUGUCUCUCUCAGCCAAUCUAGCACGUUUUGUCGUGCGUCAAGUCGAAGAAGCUGCUGCUGAGGAAGAACCAACACCGGGCAACUGCAUAUCGGAAAACGAAUACGAUGGACGGAUGGGCCUUCGAAUUUCGGCCAUCUUCGUUAUUCUUGUUGGGUCGACGCUUGGUGCUGUCUUUCCGGUCUUUGCCCGACGUAACAAGAACCUCGGAGUUCCAGACUGGGUUUUUUUCAUUGCAAAAUACUUCGGCUCCGGUGUCAUCAUAGCCACCGCUUUCAUCCACCUUCUGGCCCCAGCAAACGAAAAUCUCACCAACCCUUGCUUGACGGGUCCCAUCACGGUCUACCCAUGGCCCGAGGCAAUCGCUCUCAUGACCAUUUUCCUCAUGUUCUUCCUCGAGCUCAUGACUAUGCGUUACGGUAACCUCGGUGGCGAUCACGACCAUGCUGGUCACUCACACACCACCCCGACACCAGGAAAUCGUGAAGCAUCUAGUAUCGAAGACGGCUACAGUAAGGAUGCAGCCAGCGAAGAAGCGGGUCAACACCAUGGUCGGGGCGACGAUCACCUUGGACAUUCUCGCCAUCAUCAAGACAAUUCUGAUGUCGAUGAGGAUUGGACUUCAGGGGGGAACAUGCCCGAGUCGUAUGCUGCCCAGAUGACGGCCAUCUUCAUCUUGGAAUUUGGUGUCAUUUUCCAUUCCAUCUUCAUCGGAUUGACCUUGGCCGUGGCUGGAGAAGAGUUCGUCACACUGUAUAUUGUUCUCGUCUUCCAUCAAACCUUUGAGGGUCUCGGUCUCGGUGCCCGACUUGCCACUGUCCCCUGGCCCAAGGCUAAGAGAUGGACCCCCUAUCUGCUUGGUCUAGGAUAUGGUUUGUCGACUCCCAUCGCGAUUGCUAUCGGUCUAGGUGUUCGUAACACUUACCCCCCUGGCUCGGCUACGACAUUGAUGGUCAACGGCAUCUUCGAUUCCAUCAGUGCUGGAAUCUUGAUCUAUACCGGUCUCGUAGAGCUCAUGGCACACGAGUUUAUGUUUUCGCCCUAUAUGCAAAAGGGCCCUGUGGGCAGGGUACUCAGUGCAUUUGGACUCAUGAUUCUGGGUGCUGGAUUAAUGGCAUUAUUGGGCUAUUGGGCUUAGUCUUUGGGACUAGUCUCUCAAGUUGUUGUCAGUUUUGUACAUGUUUCAGGGUGACGGGCGUCUCCUCCGACAUCGGAUAUCAACCAAC